GGGGCCCGGGUCCCUCCAUGGGAAGAUGCAGCGGGCGGGGGCGGAGGAGGCGGCGGGGUCGCAGGCGGCGGCGGGGCCCGGGCGGAGCGGGGGCGGCGCGGCCUCCCCCGGGCGGCUCCUGAGGCGGGAGCUGCGGCUGCUCGAGUCCAUCUUCCACCGGGGCCACGAGCGGUUCCGCAUCGGCAGCGCCUGCCCCGACGAGAUCAGCUGCGAGUUCGUGCCCGGGCCGGGGGCGCGCGCCGGGGGGUCCGGGAGCCGGGGCCCGCCGCCGGGGCCCGUCCGCAUCCACUGCAACAUCACGGAGUCUUACCCGGCUGUUCCCCCAAUCUGGUCUGUGGAGUCGGAUGAUCCAAACCUGGCAGCUAUCCUGGAGAGGCUGGUGGAAGUCAAGAAAGGAAAUACAUUGCUUUUGCAGCACCUGAAGCGGAUAAUCUCCGACCUGUGCAAACUCUACAACCUUCCCCAGCACCCAGAUGUCGAGAUGUUGGACCAGCCUCUGCCAGCAGAACAGAGCACCCAGGAAGAGGUGUCCUCGGAGGAUGAAGAUGAGGAGAUGCCAGAGGACACCGAGGACUUGGAUCACUACGAGAUGAAAGAGGAGGAGCCAGUCGACGGGAAGAAGACAGAGGACGACGGCAUCGGGAAGGAAAACCUGGCCAUUUUAGAGAAAAUCAAACAGAACCAGAGGCAAGAUUACUUAAAUGGCGCAGUGUCUGGCUCUGUACAGGCCACUGACCGGCUAAUGAAGGAGCUCAGGGAUAUUUACCGAUCACCAAGUUUCAAGGGCGGAAACUAUGCAGUUGAACUAGUGAGCGACAGCCUGUACGAUUGGAACGUCAAACUCCUGAAGGUUGACGAGGAUAGCGCUUUGCACAACGAUCUCCAGAUCCUCAAAGAGAAAGAAGGGAUGGACUUCAUCCUCCUAAACUUCUCCUUUAAAGAUAACUUUCCUUUCGACCCACCGUUCGUAAGGGUUGUGUCCCCUGUGCUCUCGGGGGGGUACGUUCUGGGGGGAGGUGCCAUCUGCAUGGAGCUGCUUACAAAGCAGGGCUGGAGCAGUGCCUAUUCUAUUGAAUCAGUGAUCAUGCAGAUCAGUGCCACGCUGGUGAAAGGGAAAGCGAGGGUGCAGUUUGGAGCCAAUAAAAAUCAGUACAGCCUGACGCGAGCACAGCAGUCCUACAAGUCCCUGGUUCAGAUCCAUGAGAAGAAUGGCUGGUACACACCACCCAAGGAAGACGGCUAGCAUUGACAGUUGGCUGGGCUCUGCAGGACCAACUGGUUACUUCUGAAUGCUCUACUUGGCCCAUAAAAUGCCCCUGUGGCUCCCUCCGGGGAUGAUAGCUCUGCCUGUUUGCAGGACAGUAACGGCUGUUGUAAACUCGAUGGGAAAAACUGUGUAAGCAGUUGGACUGACGUGAAACUCUUGCUGGACCCUCGCGAGCAGGCGUCCUUAUUAAAACAACUCUUGAGCCUCUUGUAUCGCUGGAAACUUUCGACUCCGCUCCAGUCUAGAGCAUCCUCCUCACCUAUGCUACGGAUUUAAUUUAUUUUCUUAUUUCAUGUACACUGCUUUUUUUGGUUACAGUGUAUGAUGGAUGUGUAUGGAAAAUGUAUCUUUGGAGAAAAAUUACAGUUUGUUAAUUUGAA